AUGAACACAACAAGCAUUAUUUCCUCUGCCGCUUUUGAUCUUAUUGUCGAACGCUUCGUGUCUAGCCAUGGCGAAAAAAGAAGGCCAAAGAUUCUUAUUACGCAAGAAAUGUACGACGAAGCGAUCGCAAUUUUGAAGAAUCCUGAAGAUAAAACAAUAUCUACACCAAAACAUCGCUACUGGAAGACGCCCUAA